AUGUCAAUGAUAAUUGCACAAAGCCCUAAAACGUAUUUCGGUGCGGGAGACAUUCAAAAGUCAUUGGGUUCUCUUCCUGGAUUCCCAUGGGCAAAAUAUCCCGGAGAAAAACAUCUCCCAGGGCACAAUUAUACAGUAUCCAAUAUCAUACAAGUAUCCAAUUUUCCUGCUAAUGAAACAGAAGAUAUAAUUUCAAUGUUUUUCCGAAAGAAAAAAAUCACAGGAAUGGAGGGUGCUAAAUUUAAAAUAUUAUCUUAUGAUGAACAAAGAAGAGUAGCGUUGAUUGAAUUUGAGGAGAGAGAAGUUGUAUUCAGACUAUUGAGAAAGAAAGAGAUAGAAUUCCAUGGUCAAACAAUCACAAUUUUACCACAUAAACUGACUGUAGCUGACUGUAAUAACCCAAGAAAACACCUGAAAGUGACAGGAUUUAAUUCUAGAACUUCUACAGAAAUGAAAGAAAUGUACUUUGAAAGUAAAAAGAAAAGUGGCGGUGAAGCUGAAAGUGUUAAUUUUGUAUCUUAUGAGACAAUUGAAGAUGCUGAAAUAGUUUGUAGAAAACAACAUACAAUCGGAAAUGAUACAGUGUAUGCUUCAAAAUAUGUACCACCACCUAAAUGGAAUCAUCGGUUUUUGAUAAGUAAUAUUUCUGAAGAUACAUCUUUGAUAAAACUGAAAAAUUUUUUAGAAGGAAAGUUAGGAUGUGAAACAAAAUAUUAUUUAACGAAGUAG